AUGGAAAAUUCUUUGAAGUUCAGAAUUGUUACAGAUGAAAGAUUGAAGUAUAAAAAUGAAUGUCUAAGCAUUUCUAAGGAGAUUUUGCUGACACUUGUAGGCGACAUUGAUAAGGGGGAGAUUUGGAUCUGUGCGUUUUUCUUAAAACCUUUUUUUAUCAACACGCAAGAGUUUGCCGAUUGUUUUGUUUACUUCUUGAAACUUCUGGAAACGAUCACUGAAAACAAGUCGCUUGUCUUUAUUGGUAGAAUUAAAGAUGAAAUUAAUUCGUCAUCAACAUGUAACAAACAUAAAAAUCUCGAUCUUCCUUUUCAGAAAAGGAACAAGAAAAUGAGAAAGAAAAAACAGAGCUUUGCUUUGGUUUAA